GUGUGUGUGUGUGUGUGUGUGUGUGUGUGUGUGUGUGUGUGUGUGUGUGUGUGUGUGUGUGAGGUAGACACAGGAGAGGAGCUGGCUGGGAAACAAUAGUUUGAAGAUUGUUGCGUGCAGGCUCUCUCUGGAUACAUCUGCUGCCUUUCUGCUGCCUGGAGGACGAAGACUGCGGUGGAUCCAGACAGCGGGGGAUGGAGCGUCCCAACGAAGAAAACCCUCCUCCUCCUCCUACCUGUUUCCCUGCAGCUCAACGACCUUGAGCCCCCGCUGUACUGACAGGGAUAAGAAACAGAUAAAGACCCCCACCACCAACCUCCCCCUCCCAAACCGCUUUUUGUGGGAAACAAACACAACUACCGAGAAAGCAAAAUAAAAGGAGACAUUUUGAACGUCCCGUGAGGAGUCUUUGGGGUGGUCCCAUCAUGAAACCGUUCAUCUCCAUGCCCCCCCCAUCCGGGCUGCUGCUGGUCCUGAUGUGCUGCCCCCUGCUGGGCCUGGUGGACGCUGCAGGCGGCAACAAGGCCAGCGAUAACGCUCACCCCCACCUGGGAGACUCGGACCCCGAGCGCUGCAUGAGGCAUCACUUUGUGGAGACCAUCACGCACCCCAUUUAUAAGUGCAACUCCAAGAUGGUGCUGCUGGCUCGCUGCGAGGGCCACUGCAGCCACACCACCCGCUCCGACCCGCUCAUCUCCUUCAGCUCGGUGCUGAAGCAGCCCUUCAAGAGCACCUGCUCCUGCUGCAGGCCGCACACCUCCAAGCUGAAGGCGGUGAGGCUGCGCUGCACCGGCGGCACCCGGAUCACCGCCACCUACAGAUACAUCCUCGCCUGCAACUGUGAGGAGUGCAGCUGAGCAGGAGCCGCCCUGCAGACUCUCAACGAUUCCUCUUCUGGCCUCGAGCCUCGAAGCUGUCCGGAGCGUUUUGGGUUGAUGAUUGGAUCGGAAAAUCGACGGCGGCUCGAGACGCUUUCUUGGGAGUUUGGAUAGUGACCCCUAAAACUGACCCGGGCCUCAGAACACUCUUUACCCUCUGCAUUAUGUGCUUUCAAUCACUUCUCCACAAACUGCUGCUCCCAGGGGCCCUCUCGCUCAUUACAGGCCUCCGUAAUUCAUAACACACAUGUAACCGCAGUCUGAGAGCUCAUUACGUCUAUCUGUGCCAUAAAAAGCCCCAUGAGCAGCAGGGCGAUCGUUAAAAAAAGCAGCAUGGGGAGACGAGGAUGAGACAUGUGGUGGGAUUUCACCUGCGAGAAAUCACCCAAUAAUGUUUUACACACUCCCUGCAGACUGUGAGCCGGCCGUGUAGAACCUGAGCGAGGCUGACAGGUGAGGAAGAGGAGGAGAAGGAGGAGGAGGAGGAGGAGGAAGGCUGGUCGUGUUUAAAUGUAAUCUAUUCUAUUGGUGAUGUUUCCUGUACUACUUUACUGAAACUGUAGCUUCUGCCUGUCGUGUAUCGUUACUGGUGUUUUCACUCUCCUGUCAAAAUACUCUUCAAACUCAUAUAUGGUUCACUCGGUGUGUGUGUGUGUGUGUGUGUGUGUGUGUGUGUGUGUGUGUGUGUGUGUGUGUGUGUGUGUGUGUGUGUGUGUGUGUGUGUGUGUGGCUGGAAUACGUCUCAAACACCAGUGCUUGCUGUCCGUUUAUCUGAAUUAAAGAAAGGACAACUCACCCAUUGUGGUUUCUUGUAUCGUAAACAUCGUUGUGUUUUAUGGAGAAGAACCUUUGUUUUCCUGGUGUUUGAUUCUCAAUUUGAAUAGUGAUAGUAGAAAGUCGUGCACAGAUUGCACUGCAAAACUAAUCAGUCCAGUAUAUAAAUAACUGUUUUCAAAUCGCUCCAAGUCUUAAGGAUAAAAACUACAAAGAGGGAUAAUGCUAACACUAGCAUCAAAAAUGGGGUUUGAUUUCAGGUAAACCCCAAAAAGUCAUUCAAACAACCCCAACCUCUUAGGAAGUAAAUGUACUUGUUGGACUUCAGUAGGUAAUGGGUGUGUGUUGGGCUAACUAAUGCUAAUUAAGUUCAGUACACUGUAAAGAGUUCCUUUGCAUUAAGAGAGGCUCAAAGGGAACCAAUCAGAGCCACAGAUAUGACGUUGUUUAAUCUGCAGUCAAUUCAUAAAAAGAGAAGCAAACAGGUUAUAGCUGGCCUCUUAAAGGGACUUCAAAACACAAUGUUUUCCUUCCUAAACCUAACCAAGUAUUUCAGUUUCAUGCAGCACCAUGUAGGCUGAUGCAUGUUCAGAGAUGGAAGAUGCAAGAACAUCCUGAGAAUUAUAACUAAAAGUAUUCUCUAGUUGAUGUUUUCCACAACAAAAAUUAACUCAUUUGAGUAAAUUUGAAUUAAAACAGCAUUUCUUCACUUCCAGAGGGAUUAGAGUUGAUAUGAAAAGUGAAGUUGAUUUGAUGAUAAAAUAAAGGUCACCAGGGGGUCAGUCUUUUUCCUGCAGGCUGAUGAAUGUGUCACUGCUGAAAUCCUUGCCGACUUGUAACCAGCUCACCUUCUUUAAACCUGUCACUCACCUGCCUGCGCUACAAUAAAGCAGACGGUAAAAAAAACAAGUGGAAAUAUAAAACAAAGACCUGCUGACCCCGAGGAAGAAUAAAACCUGGAUCUCCCUGUGAGGAUUAAUUAAACACCCCAAUAAAAACCCUCCUCACCACGAGCGUGACGGUGCUCUGCAGGAGGAGGAGGUUUGCGUGUGUGUGUGUGUGUGUGUGUGUGUGUGUGUGUGUGUGUGUGUGUGUGUGUGUGUGUGUGUGUGUGUGUGUGUGUGUGUGUGUGUGUGUGUGUGUGUGUGUGUGUGUGUGUGUGUGUGCAGAAAGCCCCCCAUGUGUAACAGCUCAACUUGUCUGCAGACGAUUCAAUCCCAGUGACAGCACGGCCGGCUGCUUCACAC